GUUCUAACAACUAGUGGAUGGAUUCCUCCAUACGAGACUCUGUAUCCUUCCCGGCCGUGAAGCUUUCCGCGGUCCAAGUCCAGAUCCGCUUCAUUCCAUACCCACUUCCACUUGUCAUCCAUCUCCUGGAGCUGCAGGUUCGUGCGAGGUGGAGCUGCUCCAGGAGACGACCAACGGGAGGAAAGAGAUAGGCCGGCUGCCGGUCGCGAGCAAAGCCGCCGGCUGGUCGCUCCCCUACUCGGCCAGAUCCGCUCCAUGCCCUUCCUUCGUUAAUGGGAAUGGUUUCUCAUCUGGCAUACAGAGAGCUGAGCUAGUGAUCAAUCUAGCAGGAGAUAUAAGAAUCAAUGGCACUAGCGAACAAGUUCGAACAGACAAGUGCGGCGACAAGGGAGUUUACGCUCGAGUCCUUGAAACAAAUUACAGAUAAUUUUUCUAAGAAGCACGUCAUUGGUCGUGGUGGUUAUGGAGUAGUUUACAAGGGAGUACUGGAAAAUGGCGAAAAGAUUGCUCUCAAAAAGCUCAAUUACGUGCCGGGGCUUGAUGACACACAAUUUAGGAAUGAAUUUAGUAACCUUAUGAGGGCCGAACAUCCAAAUAUUACCCGGCUGGUUGGCUACUGCUAUCACCAAGGACAUCAAGUCAUUGAGCACCAAGGUGGACAUAUUUUUGCCCUUGUGGUAGAAAGAGUUCUCUGCUUCGAAUACUUGCAGGGUGGAAGCCUUGACAAGCAAAUAUCAGAUGAAUCAUGCGGACUUGAUUGGGACACACGUUUCAAAAUUAUUAACGGAGUUUGCCUGGGUUUGCAUUAUCUUCAUAAUGGGUCCAAAGAUUGUAUUUACCAUCUUGACUUGAAGCCUGCUAAUAUACUGCUGGAUAAGGACAUGGUCCCGAAAAUUGGAGAUUUUGGCUUGUCAAGACUUUUCCCUUCAGCACAAACCAUUUUCACAAACAAAAAUAUAGGAACACCUGGAUACAUGCCACCAGAAUACAUUGACAAAUACGAAAUCACAUCAAAGUAUGAUGUAUUCAGUCUAGGUGUCAUAAUCAUACGGAUAAUGGCAGGAGAUGAGGGCUACUCCAAAAGUCUGGAUAUGUCACCGCAAGAAUUUCUUGAGCAUGUACAUGAAAACUGGAGAAAACGGCUGCAGGCAACAAUGUUGUCACAUACAUCAGAUCAAAUUGAGAUAUGCAUCAAAAUAGCAUUAAGGUGUGUGGAGGUUGAUCGUAUGAAAAGGCCAACCAUAGCGGAGAUUGUUGAUGAGCUAAACAAGCAUAUACAUAUAGCCGAUGGUGACGCAAAAAGGGGAAAAAUGACGAGCGCAGAGGAGACGAGUGAGGAUGUAUGCACGCCAAAGCUAACGCCAGUACCACUCACUCCACUCCAUGUCAACUCACAGCCAGCUCACACGGAGGAGCCAUACAUGCAGCCACAGCAUAUACAUACAGCUGAGGAGGACGCGAAAAGGGAAAAAGUGACGGUCGUUGAGAAGACGAGCGAGGAUGUAUGCACGCCAAAGCUAGCGUCAGUACCACUCACUCCACUCCAUGUCAACUCACGGCCGGCUCACACGGAGGAGCCAUACAUGCAGCCUCAGGUAUCCGAUCUCCAAAAUAAGCCUUUACGUCGGCCUUGGCUAUCAUCCUGGUGGCGCGACCAAAUUAUUACUAAGCUCAGUGACCUAGCUAGAUUACCAGUAAAAUCACUAGUGAUUGUAGGUGCAAUAGGAGUAGCAUUAGUUGUAGCACAAACAGUCAUAAGUUCAGUCCCCUACUUAGCACGACUAGUGCUAACCUCAGCUGACUUCUUCCUGUUGGGAUUAGGAGCGUAUGUCAUUCUGAAAGUACUCCUAGACGCCACCGACAUGAUUGAAGAAGUACUUAAUGAACCAGAUGGAAUAGACGAUAAUGCCCGCACACUCCUAAUGGGAUGCUUCUUAUUGGGUUCAGUUUUGCGUUUCCCGAACAUCCGCUUCGUAAUUGGUUUACUUGCCGGUUUGUGUUAUGGCGAGCACCAUUCUGGACUGCUAGCCUUCUUUUUCUUAUUGGGCUUAGUUGUGGGUUUCAUCCUCACAACACUCCCAACCGCCUACUUCAUAUUGGGUUUACUUGUGAGUUCCAUUCUUACGUAUUGGGUAGUUUCCAAAAUGGACUGACUUUUGAAGCGGAUGCUUGGCUGCAAGGGGAGGGCCGCAGCUCGCCUCAUUAGAGGCGGGAUGCAGCCGCGGCGCAUCCAUGAUCAAGAGAAUGACUAGAGCCUAGCCCAUCCGAGGAAUGUAUUGUCUUGCACUUUUAUUUCCUUCUCUGUUUUCUGUUUCUGCUGCAUCAGCUGUAAAGAUUUUGAAGCAGUUUAAAUAUCUGGCAAAUGUUGCCUGGCCUGUACUUUUAAUAGUGUAUAAUUUUGAGCAAUGCUGAAUGCAAACUUAUUAUUUUUUCA